CCGCCUAAUCUAGCAAUUGGGAGGCGGUGUGCUACGAGCUUUUAGGCGCUAUUCCGGAAAAAAUGGAUGGAGGUAAGGUCGAGAUGGGCUGGUUAUGUGCCACAUUCCCCGAUCCGAAUGCAAAUUCAACUGAAAUCCAAAGAAUCUGAUAUGCUCGAUCAUACAUUCUUCAAAUAAUUGGAGGUUAUCUGAUGCCGGACAUGUCACGGAGCCGUGUACAUCUAAGGUGGCUGCUAAAACUCGUUGAUUUUAGAAGAGCCGGUGAAUUUAGUUUGGGGUCUGCCGUCUUGGCAACAUAAUAUCGAGAGAUGUGCGGGGCGACGCGACCGAGGAGAGCAACCAUCGGAGGUUGCCUGUCACUACUGCAAUCAUGGGCACUGUUUCGCUUUCCAUUUCUACGUCCUCGAGUGAACCACCCAUAUACAUUCCCACUCGUAACGAGCUAAAUUUUAUAUUACAGUUUAGAAUUAUUAUGUAGAUUUUGUAAGAAUAAAAGUAUGCUAAAAUUUUAUUUAAUUAGGUGGAACCAUCCGACAAGUUAUCGUGGAUUACCGUCUGAACUUGAAGAUAUACGACUUCUAUUGGACCAACGGUCAGAAGCAGAAUUUCAAUGGACACCGUACGAGGAUCCGGCAAUUCGGGCAGUAAUCCCGGAAGAGUUUUUACAAAAUCCGAACGUUUGGCACGUGAAAGUGGUGUUGAUCAACUAUGCAACCGUUGAGCCCCACCAGACAGACAGAGUGCUACGACAGUUUGGAUGUAGACAACCGAUUCCUGCAGACCCUGAGGAGUUUGACAAGCACCACAAAAUCGACCUUCGACUAUUAGGUACGGAUUGGCCUAGAUACUGGUCAGAGUACACGGAAAUGUGGGAAAAUCGGCAUGAAUAUCUACCUACUCGGGAAGAAAUCAUCGUUCCGGAGUUAGCGUGCGUUCCAGAAUACAUGCCAUGGUUUAGGAUCCAUGGCAAGCCGUAUUUACUUACACCAGAGAAGAGGCAACGGCAAUUACGUCUAGGCCAGCGGCGCAGGAGGGAUCGCACAUGCCUUCGGGAAGCUCUCCUUUUUACCAAUCGCCAGCAACGUAUGGCUUUCAAACACCGUCGCCAUUCAUGAUGCAAACACCUCCACAUACACUAUUCUUUGAAGGUGGAUCAUCGUCCCAAGUCUGACAACCAGAUGCCGAACCGGAAGAACCACAAUCACCACCAGAGGAAGAAUAACCGCCGCCGGAAGCUAGAGGAAGGAGGAAUCCAGCGUGCAACCGUCGACGGCCGCCAUGUGGAACCGAAUCCCCCGGGCAUAGACAUUGAUUGCCUAUUUAAAUUUAUUAUUUGAUGUAAUAAAAUAGAAGUUUAUUUGAUGUAAUACACAUAGAAAUUUUUGAAGAAAAUUUUGAUAUUA